AUCGGAUCAGGUUGCCGAAAACCUCCACCUGUACUACAAGCGCUUCACAACGCCGAGUGAGUCAGCAUGCGUAUGAAUCUCAUCGAUCCUACGGCCGCAGCCGUCCGUUUUCCGACUUCCCUUCAAACAUCAUCCUUCAACCCAUACACCAUCCAACCCUUUCUUGCAUAAGCCCGUCUCGAAAGGUUUCCUCAACUCGCUGUAAGUCCAAUCCUAAUCGUUCCCUCGGAAAGAAUGGGUUCAUUUAUACCCAAACAGGACGCAGACAUCGCGCCAUUGCCAUCCAAGGAUGUCCUCCUCAGCCUGCGAUCUGGCAAAAUCCGCCCUCUCGGCGGUGUGACCAUCCGGUCAGCAAUUAAUAAGAACCCACGUAAAGGCAAAGUGAAAGUCACCCGGACGGGAUUGGUUGGCGAUGAGAUGCAAUAUGAAAUGCACGGCGGGUCCGAAAAGGCCCUGCACCAAUACUGCGCGAGUCACUACCAGAAGUGGAACGAAGAGAUUCACAACCGGGAACAUCUGUUCAAGAUAGGCGGUUUUGGCGAAAACUUGUCGACUGCGUUGCUUUCGGAGGACAAUGUCUGCAUUGGCGACAAGUUCCGGCUCGGGCCCGAGGUUAUCGUGGAAGUCAGCGAACCUCGAUGUCCCUGUUUUAAGCUAAACCAUCGCUUCGAGUACAAGAAAGCAUCAACGAUGGCCCAGAACAGCGGGCGCACUGGAUGGUAUCUUCGAGUCUUGCAGGAGGGUCAUCUGCAAGAAGGGGAUGAGUUUGAGCUCAUUGAGCGCAUCAACCCUCAUUGGUCCAUCUCCAGAGUCCAGAAAUACCUUUUUCACGAAGUAAACGACCUCGAGGCGGCUGCUGAAAUGAGCCAGCUGCCUCGUCUUGGCGAUGAGACGGCCGAAACCUUUCGCAGCCGCCUGAUCAAGGGCGCCGAGGAUAUGAGUGGUCGGCUUGAGGGAGAUCGCAUCCCGGUCGUCUGGAAAUCCUACAGGCUUGUCGAGAAGAUUGUGUUGACCCCGAGGGUGAAGAAAUUCGUCUUUGAGGUCGACCAAACCAGCACCGAUAUUGAUGAUAUCCAACUUGGACGCUUCCCACACGUGCGGCUUCAGUUUGGCCCCAACCACAGCUUCUCGCGGGCCUACUCUGUUGUCUCUGGCGAUAUGGGACGAUUCGAGCUGGGUGUAGCACGGGAUGAUAAGUCUAGAGGCGGCUCGAUUUAUCUCCACGACAACGUACGAAUCGGCAAUUCCAUCAAGGUUGCCAAAGGACAUACAGCGGAGGGAGCUUUGCGGUCGAGCUGCAUUGAUAAUACGGCGAGUCAGAAACAUGUCUUCAUCAUUGGAGGCAUAGGCGUCACAGCAUUCCUUCAGGAGAUUGCGACCAUCUCAAAGACAUCAGCAGAUCUUGAAAUCCACUACGCGGUGCGCAGCAAGAAUGAAGCCGCAUACCUGAACCUUCUACCUCCCAAUCGAACGACAGUCUACGCCAAUAACGAGGGACAACGGUUAGACCUCAACAAAAUCGUGCCUGUAACUGAAAAUGGCGGAGUCAAAGCCAUGAUCUACUGCUGUGGACCAAGUUCACUCAUGGAAGCAUGCCGUAACCUGACAUUUAAACGACGGUAUCCACAAUCGUCGACGCACUUUGAAGAUUUUGGCGGCGCGACCACGGGAACUGGCGAUCCAUUUGAGGCCGAGAUCAAGUCGACGGGCCAGGUGUUGCAGGUGCCUCGGAAGAAGUCUCUGCUGCAGAUCCUCAACGACGCUGGGUUUGAGAUCGAGUCUUCUUGUCAAGUUGGGAAUUGUGGAAUGUGUAUGGUGGACUAUUGCAAAGGCGAGGUUGAGCACCGGGGUUUUGCAUUGGAGGAAGAGCAGAAAGCUGGUACUAUGUUGAGCUGUGUUAGUCGUGGGAAGGGGAGAAUCAUUGUGAAUUGUUAGUGUUGUCAACUUUGUUAGUCGAGUGCUAGUCGCUCCAGAGGAACUCAAUUCUACCCUUAUUUCAUUGGAUGGUAUCGCAGGGAAACGGCGAUUCGCAGUCUCUAGUCGCGGAACUUGCAACUGCCGUC